AGAAGCUUUGGUGGCAUUGUGCUGAUAGUUUAUAAACAGAAUGUUUGAACCAAUUUUGCGCCAAAGUUAACGAAUGUUUGGAGAACUACAACUGGUGCAAUGACAAACUUUUAAGUACCUACUUCUGCUGAGACCAUCUAUGCAGUUGUGAGUAGCCAGUAUUAACCAUUAUGCCACUGACACGGAAAAGGAAAGUGUCCAAGAAAUUUUCUGAACAAUAUUACACCAUUCUUGAAAGUCAGAAGCACCCUGUAAUACCAAAUGAACUUCUUCAAAAGAUUAAAGAAGAUGGGAUUGCAAAUCUUACUCGGGAGGAAUCACAUGUGUUUUGGAGAAGUUUACAUGACAAUUCCGUUGCUCACUUGCAGAUUUUGUUUCCUGAUGAAGUGGAGGCUUGUACUCAGGAUCGAGACACAUCUGUUGAAUUCUUGGACGUAGUUUUUUUCCUUCUACAUCAACUAUUGGAAGAACGAGAACCCAAUGUGGAAAAUUUUUCAAGCCAGAUUUUUAUUGUCCUUGUAGGAUUAUUAAAAAAUGACUGUCUGGAUGAUAAGAUAAAGCAGAAAAUUGUCAAACUCUCAGAAGAGUGGUGCAGAAGAAAGCUGUUACUGUACAAUUCAGCAAUUGUUGUUACAUUUGAAUACCUUUUUGAAGUCUCCUUAAAGAAAGGAGCUACGAAAGCUGAUGUACGGCGGACAUGUGGGCUUCGUAGUGCUGUGAAGCUGGAAAGUAAUAUUGCAAAGAAUCGUCAACUAUUUUUGGAUGCCAUGAGAAACAUAAAUUAUUUGACAACUAAAGAAGGAUGCAAAUUUCUAGCAUUAGUGUUGACUAUGGAUGAAGAACUGACUAAGGACAUGCAUGGAGUCUGUAAAGGAUUUCUUCUUGAAUGCAAUAGAAAUAUUGCUAAGGCAUAUGGUGAUAUAUAUUAUACAGCCUGGUCUGUAGCGGACACAGGUAUGAGGAAGUUUAUUGAAGAGUACUUGAUUCAGGACUUCAUGGCACGCAUUAUGGAUUUGAAGAGGCAAGUGUUGGAAAUGAGCCAAUUAGGUCAGAAAGUGCUCACCAUACUUCAUGCAUUCCACACUCAUAAAUCAAAUACCCAAGUCCGUUCCAUGCUGGCGACUCUGUACGAACCAAUUCUGUGGCGAAACCUUAAGAGUCCAAACAGCACAGUUAGAAGUAAUGCUGCUGAAGUGUUCCUGGAUGCUUAUCCUUUGGAAAGAUGUGGAGAAGGACGUGAUAAAAAUGUAGCAUUUGCGGAGAGGCAGCACAAAAUAAUGACGGAACUUUUGACUGACAAAUGGCAUGUUGUUCGCAUCAUUGCUGUUAGGCACAUUUGCCAGAUAGCAUCUGAUUUUUGGCAAGUAAUUCCACCAGAAGUUAUCCAGCAGUGGUUGACUAUUGUGAUAACACAACUGGCCUGGGACUCUAGCUCUGCAGAAGUACGGAGGAGUGUAUACCGGGGAAUGCGAGCACUUGUUGUUAAUCCACUGUGUGCUGAAUACAUGCAAAAGGUGCUUCCACAUAUGCAAGAUGGAAUUCAUGACACCAAUGCAAGAGUCCGGACUGCAUUUGUGGAGAUGCUGGUUGCCUGUAAAGAUGCCAGUUCAAUAAAGUUUUGGUUGAUUGUACCACUCAACCACCUUCUUGCCAGGCUGGAGGUGGAUGAACAAGCAGUUGCUCAGCGUAUUGUCAAGUUAUUGUUCGAAAGUUUCUACCCGUACGAGAGAGGUCCUGAAGUUACGCUGAAGAGGAUAAUGAAUAUGAUAGUGCUGAGCCCAAUUGGAAGUCGCAAAUUCUUUUUCUAUUCAAAAUCUGUACUAAGCUUUGAGUCAAGCGUACAGUUAGUACUUUCUAUAAUGACCUAUAUUUUGAGAUAUGUUAAGUCAGAGUUCAGUGGAAAGUUAACUGUUUCAAAUGGCACAGAGCAAGAUAAGCCCACCGUUACUCCCAAAACUUCAAAGGACAAUAAAGAAGCUCCAGCUUCUAAAAAAAGAAGAAUCAGUUCGCCAGACCCAGUUUCAAGUUUGGAAACAAGUGGACCAUUGAAUACUGAAGCUGCAGAUGGAGAAACAGAGCUCUACUUCAAAACAUCUCUUGAAAACCCAUUGGUUACUGAAAUUUUCAUUGAUAUAGUGUCCACCUUACUUACAAUACAUGAUCAUAGAAAACAAGAGGCUGAAUACAAGGAGCAGUGGCAGAAGAUGUAUACUAUGUGUAAGAUGUGCAUCCCAGAUUUUCUUCGUUAUUUCAAGGGAACUCGCACAUAUGACUCAGUCUUGUACCUGUGCAGUUUGAUGCCACAAUCUGUCAGGAAGUCAAUUCGUCCUGUCUUUCACUUGGACAGCACCUGUUUGUCUCAGUUGAAGGCUUUAUCAGUUGAUAGUUCAGAUGAGGAAGUGUUGAAAUUGGUAUCACUGCUCUGCUCUUGGAACCGUGGCGAUGAACUGCUUGAAAUGGCCAAAAAUUGGAUCGAUGAAGCACUGAGAGCUGAAGAUUUAAACUCCACUCGUUAUGGUGAACCGAAAGCAGAACGAAGAAAAGUAAAAAUUAAGGAUGCCCGUGAACCAAAUCCACUUCUGGGCUUUCGUGUAUUAAAUGCAAUAUUUUGUUACCCUCCAAACAAUGCUAAAAUUUUGGCAAAACAUUAUAACCUCAUUGUGGAGAUCUGGAACUAUUUAGAAAGAGUAAAGAAACUAAUAGAAACACGCAUGGAACAUAGUUCUGCAUUUGACAGUUGUCUGCUGUCAGAUGAAUUCAUAAUAGAAUGCUUCUCACGUUAUUUGAAGCUCAUUCCAUAUCUAAAAAUUGGUUCAGAAGGUCACAAAUUUGAUUCUGAGUCUGCUUUUACUACUAUACUGGAUUGGUCAGAAAAGAUAUUGGUAUUGAGUCUCCCAAAAGAAUUCCCAUUGACAAAUGAUGACACUGCUGUUGAAUGGGUGGUUAUUGACUCUGUUGGGCCUCUUUUAGUCAGCUUGUUGAAUGAAGUUCUAAAAGUGGGAGCAAAUAUGAUACUCCUUGGACAAGCCUCAGUGAAACUCACAUCCAAAGUGAUAAGACUAUGCAAACUGCUACUUCGCACUGGUUGUAGGGUAAUGUUUGUCUACUCUGCUUGUGGAGUGAUGCAUCAUAUUUCCGACUAUUAUAAGAAGAUACUGAGUGGAAAGAACUUAUCGAUGCUUUUCAAUACUGUAGCUAAUUUACUGGGGGACUGUGUUGCAUCCCUGACAGACCUGGCAUUUACAAAAGAAGGCCUGAAAUUACAUAUUGAGAAUUUUGCUGAAACAAGAACAGCAAUGAUUAAUACACUGAUGUUACUGUCAAAAAUGUUUGGCGUUUCGAAUGAUUUGUUUGUUAAAACGUUCAACAAAUUUGUUACUGCAAUUUUAGUAAUAAUGAAGAAAGAUGCAGGACUGCUAGAAAAUAUAGCAGUCUUGAAGAAGGUACAGGAUCUGCCAUACGUAGCAUCUCAGCUUGUGACAUCUUUCUAUAACAACAAAAUUCUUACAGAAAUGAUGUUUCAAGCACUUGAGAGGAAUAUCUCCAGAGAAUAUCAAGAGGAUUCUUCAAAGCUACUAGCAGCGUUAGGGUUACUGCUCCUUUUUGUACGCUACCGGAGGUAUGUGUCAGUUGAAAGCCUGAAGAGUGCGCUUAACAGUGCAGAGUCUGCAGUAGUCAGUUACCAUGCACAGAUUUCCAAGGAAGCAGAUAUGGAAACUGAUGAUACGGUUUUGGAAAAGAUGAUGGAUGUCCUAAAGGAAGCUCGUACUGAGCUGACAAAUCCACAAAAGGAAGCUGAACGGGAUGCUGAGCCAACAGAUCUCCAAAUGGAAGAAGAACAGGAUGUUGAACAGCCAGAGAGAGUAAAACAAAAAAAGAGGGCAAGACCAGACACUUCAGUCCAUAAAAACAACAAUCAAAGUCCUGUACAUGUAAAUAAAACCAGUGGUAGGGGAAGAAAAUUGAGGACUGGUAAAAGACGUGGUUUGAAGAAGUUGGUGGACGUUGUAAAGCUGACUAGCAGUGAGGUUAUAAAUCCACAAAAGAAAGCUAAACCAAGAAACAUACAAAUGGAAGAUGAACAAGAAGUUGAGCCACUAGAUAAUGCUAAACAAACUGAAUGUGAAACAUCAGCUUCAUCAGUCAAUAAAACACCAGAAGAUGCAAAUGAAACUAGCAGUAGUGGCAGAAAAUUGAGUGCUCGUAAAAGACGUGUUUUUGAGAAGACAGUGGAAGUUACGAAGGAAACUCACAAGGAGAUGACAAAUGCACAAAAGCAAGUUGCGCAGGAUGCUGAGCCAACCAGUAUACGAAUGGAAGAGGAAGAAGAAGUUGAGCCUACAGAUAGUACAAAACAAAAAGAAUUUGAAACACCAGAGCCAUCAGUCAAUAUAAACAAUAAUCAAAGUCCUGAAGAUGAAAAUAAAAUCGGCAGUGUUGGAAGAAAAUUGCAAAACAGAAAAAGACGAGUUUUUGAGGAGACAGUGGAAGUUCUGAAGGAAAAGGAGAUGACAAAUGCUCAAAAGGAAGUUGAGCAGGCUGCUGAAUCAACAAAUAUACAAAUGGAAGAGGAAGAAGUUGAGUCUCCAGAUGAAUGUGAAACACCAAAGGCUCCAGCCAAUAAAACACCUGGAGAUGCAAAUAGAACCAGCAGUAAUGAAAGAAAAUCAAGUACUCGUAAAAGACGUGUUCUGAAGAAAACAGUGGAAGUCAUAAAGCAAACGAGCACUGAGACUACAGAUCCUCGAAAAAAGGAAGCCGAGCCAAGAAAUAAGCAGGUGGAGGGCAAAGUACAAGUUGAACCGCAAGAUAGUUUGAAACGAAAGGAAUGUGAAAUAUCAGAUCCACCAGUCAAUAAAACACCUGAUGACACAAAUGAAACUAGCAGUAGUAGAAGAAAAUCGAGCUCUCGUAAAAGACGAGUUUUUGAGGAGACAGUGGAAGUUCUGAAGGAAAAGGAGAUGACAAAUGCACAAAAGGAAGUUGAGGAGGCUGCUGAACCAACAAAUAUACAAAUGGAAGAGGAUGAAGUUGAGUCUCCAGAUGAAUGUGAAACACCAAAGGCUCCAGCCAAUAAAACACCUGGAGAUGCAAAUAGAACCAGCAGUAAUGAAAGAAAAUCAAGUACUCGUAAAAGACGUGUUCUGAAGAAAACAGUGGAAGUCAUAAAGCAAACGAGCACUGAGACUACAGAUCCUCGAAAAAAGGAAGCCGAGCCAAGAAAUAAGCAGGUGGAGGGCAAAGUACAAGUUGAACCGCAAGAUAGUUUGAAACGAAAGGAAUGUGAAAUAUCAGAUCCACCAGUCAAUAAAACACCUGAUGACACAAAUGAAACUAGCAGUAGUAGAAGAAAAUCGAGCUCUCGUAAAAGACGAGUUUUUGAGGAGACAGUGGAAGUUCUGAAGGAAAAGGAGAUGACAAAUGCACAAAAGGAAGUUGAGGAGGCUGCUGAACCAACAAAUAUACAAAUGGAAGAGGAUGAAGUUGAGUCUCCAGAUGAAUGUGAAACACCAAAGGCUCCAGCCAAUAAAACACCUGGAGAUGCAAAUAGAACCAGCAGUAAUGAAAGAAAAUCAAGUACUCGUAAAAGACGUGUUCUGAAGAAAACAGUGGAAGUCAUAAAGCAAACGAGCACUGAGACUACAGAUCCUCGAAAAAAGGAAGCCGAGCCAAGAAAUAAGCAGGUGGAGGGCAAAGUACAAGUUGAACCGCAAGAUAGUUUGAAACGAAAGGAAUGUGAAAUAUCAGAUCCACCAGUCAAUAAAACACCUGAUGACACAAAUGAAACUAGCAGUAGUAGAAGAAAAUCGAGCUCUCGUAAAAGACGAGUUUUUGAGGAGACAGUGGAAGUUCUGAAGGAAAAGGAGAUGACAAAUGCACAAAAGGAAGUUGAGCAGGCUGCUGAACCAACAAAUAUACAAAUGGAAGAGGACGAAGUUGAGUCUCCAGAUGAAUGUGAAACACCAAAUGCUCCAGCCAAUAAAACACCUGGAGAUGCAAAUAGAACCAGCAGUAAUGAAAGAAAAUCAAGUACUCGUAAAAGACGUGUUUUGAAGAAAACGGUGGAAGUCAUAAAGCAAACUAUCACUGAUCUUACAAACCCACGAAAGGAAGCUGAGCCAGGAAAUAGACAAACAGAAGAUGAACAAGAAGUGGAGCCACCAGAUAGUGUGAAGCAAAAGGAAUGUGAAACACCAAAUCCACCAGUCAGUAAGACACCUGAAGAUGCAAAUGGAACUAGCCAUAGUGGCAGAAAAUCGAGCACUCGUAAAAGAAGAGUUUUUGAGAAGACGGUGGACGUUCUAAAGGAAGCUCACACUCAGAUGAAAAAAGCACAAAAGGAAGCUGAGCCAACCAAUAUACAAAUGGAAGAGGAGGAAGAAGUUGACCCUCCAGAUGGUGCAAAACGAAAAUCAUGUGAAACGCAAAAGCAACCAGUCAAUAAAAACAAUAAUCGGAGUCCUGAAGAUGCAGAUAAAAUGAGGAGGAGUCAAAGAAAAUUGAGAACUUAUAAUAGGCCAUGAGAAAUGUAGUCUCCAAACUAUGAAUCCACAAGCAUUCCAUAGUCAACAUUCUCAGAUGGCAUGUAUUGCCCAUUAUGAAUUUUUAUAAUAAGAAUUGUGUAUAAAACAGUGUAAGUUUCUGCAUUUUGAUAAAAGUUAUGAUAUUGGGAGACCAGACCUCUUCAUCCCGCUCUACUCAUUAUCAUUAGUAAUAGUUAAUGUUAUAUAUUCGACAGUUGUGCUCUACCAACACUUAUUACAGUCUGUUUUCUGUUAGUACUGUUAUCCUAUCAGUUAGAAGUAUAGUGAGUUUUCAUUUACACAUUUCUUGUAAAAUUGUGGUUUCAUCUAGGUACUUCACUUGUUAGGACACAGUGAAUGCUACAUAAAAAUCAUGUGGAUUUUCAGUUACAAAAUUGUUCGUCAUGUGAAGGUUGUACUAUCAAAGUAGUUAAUGUCCAUGAAAAAAUAAAGUUUUAAGUACAACACAUUUUUUAAAAAUACUACGCCUCAUUAAUGAUUCAAGUUCUGGUGAAAUUGUUGUAUGAAAUCAUGCAAUCAGUGUUGCUCAGAAAUGUGUUUUUAUGGCGGUUUUGACGUAUGACAUAACCAAAAGCCAUGAUUAAACAACACUUUAUCAUUAAAAAGCAUUAAUUUUGACAUAUUUAACUGGGAACCAAAAAUUAGUUUUAUUUUUUCACACAAAAUCAAGUACAUAAUUUAUAAGUGGUGUGAAUGUGAUUAUUUUUUUAACAGAAUUAUUUUCAGAUGUAUAAAAAAUAAAAAUAUUAUUUGAAAUUUGUACAGAGAGUGUAUAUCCCAUACAUAAAAUUGCCGUACUUUGUAAUUUUAUAAUGUUUUCUGUGUAAAAAAUAAAUAAUGUUAUGUGAUAUGUAAAUAAGACUUAAUUCUCAUUAUUUAUUGCGAGAAAAAUUUUAUUGUGUAGGUUAAAAUCUGUCAUAGACAUUUCACUAUUCCAAAUUUGUUAUUUUGGUUUUAAUUUUUUAGGUAUAAUGUUUCACUGUCAUUAUACACGUGUUAGUACCU